AUGGAGGCGGUUUUACAAAUUCUUGAGUUUGCACAAGAGGAGGAGGAGGAGGAGGUACUGUUGGGUCGUCCUCGUGUCGAAAGAGUAUUUGAGGUCCGAGUGGAUGCGCUCCGAAAGUAUAGCGACAGUAAAUUUAUCCGCAGAUUCCGGGUUUCCAAGGACACAUUUCGUUGGCUAGUAGAUUUCUUAGCCCCGGAUUUGAUGCCACUAAAGGAGAGUAAUCAUGCUCUGAACCCGGAGCAGCAGGUGCUGGUUGCCAUGCGCUUUUAUGCCAGGGCAUCAUUCCAAAUGGACAUUGGUGAUAUGUGUGGCGUAUCCCAGGCAACUGUCUGCAGGGUGGUUCAUCGCGUUUCCUCUGCUAUUUGUGCCAGACGUCAGCAAUUCAUUCACUUUCCAACCACACCGGAAGAAAGGAGAACUAUUGCCGAAGGCUUCUAUGAGAUUGCCCAAUUCCCUGGGGUCGUUGGUGCUAUAGACGGUUCCCAUGUUGCUAUAGUUAAUCCUGGUGGGGAGCGUGCGGCCCAUUUUAUCAAUCGUAAAGGUUGGUAUAGUAUCAACUGCCAGGGUGUUGUGGACCAUCAACUUCUUUUCACUAACAUUGUUGCCAGAUGUUGGAUCACAAUAUGGCAAUAA